AAUUGACUAACUAACCUAAAGGGUAGGUGAAAUGACCAAAGGUAGUGGUGGUGGUUCCGGCGACGGCGGUGGUUCCGGCUCCGGCGGUGGUUCCGGCUCCGGCGGUGGUUCCGGCGACGGCGGUGGCUCCGGCGACGGCGGUGGCUCCGGCGACGGCGGUGGCUCCGGAGACGGCGGUGGUUCCGGAGACGGCGGUGGUUCCGGCGACGGCGGUGGUUCCGGCGACGGCGGUUGUUCCGGCGACGGCAGUGGUUCCGGAGACGACGGUAGUUCCGGUGAUGGUGGUGGCUCCGGAGACGCUGGUAGCUCCGGCGACAGCGGCGGUGGUGAUGAUAGUGGCUGCUCCGGUGCAGUUCCCGAUUUCAGAUGCUUACUCCAGCCGUCAGAUCCUCCUUGCCAUGUUUGUUCUCAGUCACUCUCUUUACUUCCUCAUCUAAACCCUAAUUACAGAUGCAAUACAUCGCUCUUGAUUGAUUAUUGCAGCAAGGAAAAAGAUGGUAGACAUUAUUACAUACUUAUUGAUGUUGGCAAGAGUUUUAGAGAGCAAGUCCUUCGUUGGUUUACCUUUUAUAAGAUUCCUCGAGUCGAUUCCAUCAUUCUAACUCAUGAGCACGCAGACGCGGUUCAUGGCUUAGAUGAAAUUCGAUCUCUUCAGCCUCGCGGUUCAACUGAUCCACUUCCUGUCUUUCUAUCUCAGUUUACAAUGAAAAGCAUUUCUAUGAAGUUCCCUUAUUUGGUUGAAAAAAAGGUUAAAGAAGUACCUAGACGGGUUUCGCUGCUUGACUGGAAAAUCAUCGAAGAGAAUUGUGACAAACCAUUCACUGCCUCGGGCUUAUCUUUCACGCCUCUUCCGGUGAUGCAUGGAGAGGACUACAUUGCUUUAGGUUUCCUCUUCGGCGAUAAAAGUAAAGUGGCUUAUAUCUCAGAUGUAUCACGUAUUCCACCGAGUACCGAGUAUGCUAUUUCCAAAUCUGGGGCUGGACAGUUAGAUCUUCUUAUCCUGGAUACAAAUAUACCGCGGAAGAGAGGACUACAUCCCACACACAUCUGUUUUCCUGAGGCUCUUGAAAUCAUAAAGAGGCUCUGCCCAAAGAGAGCGCUUUUAACGGGCAUGACACACGACUUUGAUCACCAUGAAUACAAUGAGAUACUAGUGGAGUGGUCUCUAAGGGAAGGAAUCCAUGUACAGCUUGCUCACGACGGAUUACGGCUUCCAAUAGAUCUAUGAGCAAAUUGCUAAAUUCAAAUUUAAGAUAAGGAGAGACAAAUCUCAGAAUUCUUGUUACCU